AUGGAGACUUCACAGGCAACACGCAUUUCAAUCAUCACUCUUCAUGGCGUGGGCCUGAGCAAUGGUGAGAUCGCACGACGGAUUGGCGUUUCAAAGAACACUGUAGCCUUAUGGAUUAAGCGCUUUGAAGAUACCGGCACCACCAUGGACCAGCCUCGCAGUGGCCGCCCACGAUGCACAUCAUCUGAGCAAGAUGAGGCCAUAACAGCUGCCCUCCAUGCUGAUCCCUCUGCCACCGCUACUAGCAUCCGUGAACAACACGGGAUCAGGUGUUCGCCCCAGACUAUUAGAAACAGAUCCCGUGGCAAGAAGUCGAGAGAACUCGGUUUGAAGAAGCGCAAGGACUACGCAGGCAAGCACUUGUGGGACAACUUUUGGUGCAGUAAAGAAAUACGGUAA